ACAAGAUGGCUGCCAUGGCAGAGUAACCUUGGAGCUAGCCGGGCGGGUGGACGCCAGCGGAGGCCGGAGCAAGCCAGAAGGAGAACGUCCAUCCCAUCUCCCGGCCUCUUUGUGCCCCGGGACGUCUCCCAGAAACAUUCCAGCUACGGCUGCUGAACCUGGGGCCGUGAAGCCGCCCCCCAAGGCUGGCAAGCGACUCCAAAGGGGAAGGGCUGGGCCGGCACAUGCUGCUGCCUCCUCCUCCACUCGGCCCCCAGCCCUCCCGGGCAGAGCAUCCCGGACCCCACUGAUCCCCUCCACGCAGCCACCCCCUCAGGCUCUCCCCGUCUCCCCCGUCCACUCCCUGACCAUGGCUAUGGCUAGCAAGAAAACCCCCAAGAGCGCAGAAUUAAUUUUCGGAGGGAAAUACAAGCUUAUGAAGAAGAUCGGGGCUGGCUCCUUCGGGAAAAUCUACCUGGCGGUCAACGUCUCCAACGGCGAGGAGGUGGCGGUGAAGCUGGAGUCGCAGAAGGCCCGGUCGCCCCGGCUCCUGCAUGAGAGCAAGCUCUACAAGGCCCUUCAGGGUGGGGUGGGCAUCCCCCACAUCCGCUGGUACGGCAGGGAUAAAGGCUACAAUGUGCUUGUCAUGGACCUCCUGGGCCCCAGCCUCGAAGACCUCUUCAAUUUCUGCUCCCGCAAGUUCACCAUGAAAACUGUGCUCAUGUUGGCCGACCAGAUGAUCAGUAGAGUCGAAUAUGUGCACCUCAAGAACUUCAUCCACAGGGACAUCAAGCCAGAUAACUUCCUCAUGGGGACAGGCCGUCAUGCCAAUAAGUUAUUCCUUAUUGACUUUGGUUUGGCCAAAAAGUACCGAGACACCAAAACCAAGCAACAUAUCCCCUACAGAGAAGAUAAAAAUCUCACCGGCACUGCCAGGUAUGCCAGCAUCAAUGCACACCUCGGCAUUGAGCAGAGCCGUGGGGAUGACAUGGAGUCCCUAGGGUACGUGCUCAUGUAUUUUAAUAGAACCAGCCUUCCCUGGCAAGGACUCAAUGCUGCAACAAAGAAACAAAAGUAUGAAAAGAUAAGCGAGAAAAAGUUGUCCACUUCUGUUGAGAGUUUGUGUAGGGGGUUCCCAGCAGAAUUUGCUAUGUAUCUCAACUAUUGCAGGGCCCUACGAUUUGAAGAAGCACCAGAUUAUUUGUACCUCAAGCAACUAUUCCGAGCCCUUUUCAAGACUCUGAACCACCAGUACGACUAUACAUUUGACUGGACAGCAAUAAAACAGAAUGUGGCCCAGCCAGUAGCCACUUCCAGUGGGCAGGGUCAGUAGGUCUAAACCCUCAGGGAUUUAUAAGUAUUAAGAGAACAGAUGAAGUAGAGGAGAUCAUUGGAGCAGAAUUUAUUGCUCUCUAAACAUAGAAGUUUUAGUUCAUAGGUGUACUUACCAGUGUUUGUGGGCAACCAUUUAUUUGAUGUAAAGAAUUUAACUUAAGUAUAAAUUGGCUCUGGGCAGUUGUAGACAACAUAAUUGUGAAUAUCAACAAAGAAUGAAACAUGGUGUUCAGUUCUUUUGUUUCAUUUUUUAAGUGAAAAAAUUAAAUGGUUGACACAAGUGUUGGAGAAAUUGUGAAUAUGCCUUUUUUGUUACCUUUUCAUUUUGAAAAUGUACCGCUUUGGGAUCUCCUUUUCAAAGAUUUCAUGAACAAUUUUUAGGAGGUUUUGACAUUUUGAUAACUGUAAAUACUCACAAUUGUAUCCUUUUAGGGUUUUUCCCUCCCUGGGGUUUGAAAGUUGUUAAUUUAAACAUUUUUAAUGACUUCUGUGUACAUGCCAACUGACAUGGUUAACAACUGAAGAUUCCAGUAUUUAAAUAUUGAAAGACUGCUUAUGUGCUAGAAACAACAGCCUAUAAAAGACUUAAAACUUUGUGUACUAGAUUAUCUUUAGGACUCUGCAUUAAUUCUAUAAUGUUCUUGGUUAAAAAAAAGCAUAUUUGUUACAGAAAUUUGCUUAAAGUCUUACAACUGAGCCUGUAUGCAAGUUGCUUAGAUAAAUGUAAUUACCGUUAACAUUAAAAACCAUGGAUGU